UUCACGGCAACAAUAUGGACGUACAAUUUUGAAAACAUGUCUUAAUUUAGGUGCAGUUGAAGUCAAAAUUAAAUUUGAAUACGCAUUGUGCCUAGUCAAGGAAAUGGAGGAAGCUGGGUGUUUAGAAGUAAACGAUGACCACAAUCACAACUGUCGUGAAACCCAAGGGAAUGCCUAUUACUCAAAUUGUAGGUCGCAUAUGGCUGGAGAGACCCAUUGUUGCCCACCUGUUUUCGGUGUAGGCCUACGUGUUUCUGCAGAGGAGGUCUUUGAUAAAUACUCAAUGACAGAGCCCAUGUACGAAUCAGAUUCAAGCAGCGAGGCCAGCGAGUGUGACAGUUACGGUGUAUCCACGUCUAAUGCCGGAAGACUGAGUUUUAACUCGCCCUCAAACUUUCUAAUGAAUGUAAUAACAGUAGAGGACUACAAGAAAGCCCACUGGCCUAAACUUGAGAGAGCCAUUGAACAUUUGCUGACACAAAGUCCAAUGGACCACAUCUCCAUCUCCUAUGAGCAGAUAUAUAGUCAUGUUUAUAAGUGUGUGUGCCAGCAACACUCAGAACUUCUCUACAAUGACCUGAUGCAGAAGAUCACAUCUCACUUACAGCAAGUCUCCUUAAAACUACAAAAGUAUGUUCUGUUCUCUUGGAUCCAGGUGACACAUGGCACCAGUAAUUGGGAAAGUCCUCCUGAAAGUCUCAUUGAAAACUUCAACCAUGCUCUCAUACAAUAUACAUUUGCACAUCAGUGCAUUGUGUCAGUAUUUAUCUAUAUGAACAAGUUCUAUAUUGAAACUAAGCUGAAUAGAGAUUUGAAGGAUGACCUGAUGAAGCUUUUCUCUGAUUAUGUUGCAGAGAAACAUGUCGACACCUUAAUACCUCUUCUUAAAAAUGCACAUGCCAUGCCAUUUCAAGUGAAACCAUCAACUAUGGAAAGUGUGGUGAAAGGUCUUUAUGCUCUGCGACCAGACUGGGCUCCAUUAGCUCCUGCCCUGUUUUCUAGAUUCAUUCCCCAAAUUCAUCCUCCUGCUUUGGAGUCUCAACUCCUCCAUUAUGCAGCUCAAGACCAGAAACUGCAAAUGGAGCUUUCUCUAAAUGGUUUCUCCAGAAGAAAAUUCUACCACACAACAGCCAGUUAAAGGCCCAUUCUUGUUACUUGUUCCUCUGAUAUAGGACAUUUAAGGGGUGACCAGUCACGUAAGAGAUCAAGUGAAGAAUCUUGACAAAAAGAAGAUAGUUCAGCUACUUUAAUUCAGUUUUCAAUAUUGAGAUCCUAAAGACUACUAAAACCAUAGAAAUAGACUACAGCCAUUUGAUUUUUUAUAUUCUUUUGAGCAUUUUUUCUUUGUGAUUAGCAUUUUAUUCCAAAUUCCAUAUUCACCAAGAUUCCUGUCUUUCAUUCUUUAUAGUGUACUACUCAGCUGGGCAUUUGCAUGCUAUUAUGACAGUUAAGUGACUUGUUGACAUGGCUACCUUAAGAGGUUUGAUAAUGCCAAGUACUUAAUAUUUGUUCAGAUACCUCAUAGGUGGUCUGUACAAGCAGCUCAUUUGAUAGUUUGACAAUGCUGUGAUUGUGUAGGUGCAUAACCUACUAGAGUAGGCUAAAUAAGAUGAAGGUCUGUUGAAGGUCGUGAUUAACUGAUGUAUUGAAAGAGAAACAUCUUCACAUAAUAACAAUUAAUUGAAUGGAAAUAACAAUAGUGGAAUUAAAUCAAACUGUUUUGACCACUUUCAAAUUUUUUUACAGUUGUUUUUCUUCAGUAUUUGUUUCCCUAGUUUGUUUGCAGUUUCCCUAGAAAGUUUAUUAAAAGGUUUUCCACAUAUGUAACUGUGAGAGGCUAGGAUAAAUGAAAGCUAGGAAACACGAUCAACUAAUAACAAACAAGGGCUUUGAUACACGAACAGUGGUUAGACCUACAUACAGGUUUUAAGUCACAUA